AUGGACGAGCAGUACUUCAGCAGUCCCCACGACGGGUCGAGCUUCGACCUCGGCGGCUCCGGCUGCGCACCGAUGGGCUUCUCGCCCUCGAUCGACGCCAACGGCGGGCUGCCCUUCACCCUCAGCAACGGCCUCGAGACACCCUCGUCCUUCCUCAUGGAGCUCCAGCGAAAGCGCGCCGACACCGUCACGACCCUCAAGCCCGAUUUCGAGAUCAGCACCCCGCUCGAGGUCGACGAAGACGGCAUCGAGAUCGACAUCCCCGUCCGCAAGCGUGCCUUGCAGCGACUGUCGCUCACCUCGUCGAUCGCCAGCUCCGCCCCCUCGACGGGCACUUCGGACCUCGACGGCUACGACCCCACCGGCUUUGAGUCCGAGAGCGAUGCGCAGUCGUCGUCGUCGCCCACCGGCGAAGGUGCAGUCGGCGCUGCCCGUUGGGGCUUCAACGCUGCGCCCAGCCUGGCCGACCUGUCGGUGGCCUUCGCCGCCACCACGGACCGGACGCCUGACCUCGUGCACUGGCGGUCGAACACCACAAUGCAGGCUUCCUACUACCAGCGCAACGUCCGCUCCCCCUCGGCCUCGAGCGCCCACGGCUACGACGCGUUCGACAACCUCGGCCACUCGACCGACUUUAGCUUUGCCGAGUUCAUCGACGAGGACGCCAAGUCUACGUCGCAGGACGACGAGACAAAGAUCCAAGAGGCCGUGGACGGCGCGCAGGCCCUGAGCCUGGCGUCGUCGGGAUCCUCGGUCGGCCGACCCUCGCUCGUCGCUGCCGAGUCGUCCGACUCCGUCUUCUCCUUUGCGUCAACGUCGGCGCUGUCGGCUGCGGGACCCUCGACGCCGGUGAAGCAGAGCAUGCCCUUGCCGUUUUACGGCCAGAUCCCCAACCACGCCGUCAACAGUCCGCACUCGCCCGCGCUGCACCUGCUCGCUGCCGACCAGUCCCCCACCACCGUGUGCGGCGUCACCGAGCCCCACACCUGCUCCCAGGCGUGCCAGUUGCCCAGCGACAUGGGCGGUCAGCACGCUGCCCCGACGGCCGCCGCCGCCUACGCUGCUCAGCACCGCGCCGCGCUCCCGCCGCACCUCGGUCAGGCGGCGAUGGGAUCCCCCUUCCACUCGCCCGUCGCCGCGGCGGACCCGCACCAGUGGCCAGUGCCCCGGCCGCUUCACCUGCACGACAUUGGCGUCGCCACCCACGGGUACCCGACGCAGGCCAUGUCGUUCUCGCAGAGCGCGCCGUCGCAUGUGGCGCAGAACCCCGAGAUGUUCGGCGCCGGCCUGAUGGCGUCGCCGGUGCCCUCGUCGCCCGCGUUCAGCGCGAGGAGCAGCUCGCCCUACCCGACCCCGGUGCGGCCGAUGUACCCGAGCGCGCUGCUGCAGCAGCACCAGCCGCAGCCGCACCCGCACCCGCUCGGACUUGGCGUGGCCGGCCCGUCGUCGCAGGCCGCGAGCGAGGGUCCCGACUCGCCGAUGACCAAGGCGCAGCAGCUGGUCCAGCACCUAUGGAACCCCUACGCCGGCCUGAUCACCAAGCGAUCGCGCGGCCGCCGCGUGCCCAGCAAGCCCGAGGAGAUGAACAACCUCGGCAAGAGCGGCAAGGUGUACACGUGCAAAGUGCCCGGUUGCGGCAAGUGCUUCAAGCGCAGCGAGCACCUCAAGCGCCACGUCCGCAGCAUCCACACCGACGACAAGCCCUUUGUCUGUUCCUAUCCCAACUGCCAGAAGCGCUUCAGCCGCCACGACAAUCUCAACCAACACGCGCGCGUGCACUCUUCCACGGCGUCGGGCGGUCCGGCGAGGGAGGGGCCUGGUCCGAUGAGCCAGAUCAACGAGGACGGCUCGGCGGCGACGACGACGGCGUCUUCGUCGGCGUACGCCGGCUACGGGAUCGAGAUGCAGGAUGCCAACCUGGCCAUGCAGCGCGAAGGCUACUUUUCGUUCGACAGCGGCGCAGCACCCGGCCAUGCAGAUGGGCGGAUGCCGACGGCAGCGCCUUCGAUCGGCAUCGACGGCUACCCCGCCGGCCUCGGUGAGCACCAGUGA